AUGGCAUCCCUCCGCCCGCUUGGCGAUGCUGAUGCUGCUGCUGCAGCAACACCCACCGUCUCAUCCUCUGAAAUUCAAGGUCUCAAAGCGGAAGGCAACCGCCUCUUUAAGGAUGGAGACUUCUCUGCCGCUGCAGCGGCCUAUUCCAGGUGCAUAGAUGCAUGCAAGCAAGCUGAGAAAUUAGGAAGUGAGGCCUCUUCAGAAUUCCCUUCUGAGGCCACCCCGUACUGCGAACCUGUGAAGAGCGUUCUGGCUGCUGCAUACUGCAAUCGUUCGAUGUGUCGUCUGAAGCAGCAAGACCUGCGUGGGGCUGAGGCAGACAGUCGAGCCGCGCUCGAGAUCCGACCGGACUAUAGCAAAGCUCUUUACAGACAGGCCCUCGCUCUACUGCAGUUGGGAGAUCUGGGGGCCUCCGCUUCUGCCGCAAGACGGUUGUUGCGGAUCGAUCCGAAGAAUGCAGAAGGUGCGAGGCUGCUCAUGAAACUUAAUGAGGCAGCACUGCAGGAACAGCAGCAACAUGUGGAAAGCCGAAUGCCCUCUACCCUGUUAGACACCGCAGUGGAUGCAACAGCAGCGGAGAAGAAACGAGUUAAGGCGUUUAGGGAUCUCGGAAGAUUGGCUCAAGAAAGAGAGUCCCUGCACGAGACCCUCGCCAAGGAGGGGCUGCUGCAGCGGCUUGCCGUCUUCCUAAAGCAGCAAAAUGUAGCAGCAAAUGCAGCAUCUGCUGCUGAUUUUGCGCAAGUUCCUGCUGGCACCACGCCUGUUGUCUCUAAUGCUCCUGUUCCUGCUGUCGUCGAAGCAGCAGGGUGGGAAUUGCUGUCUUCCUUGGUGCAGUACAGUCCGUUAGGUAUGCCCACUACCGACGGGUGCACCAGCAGUGCAUCCUCAGAGGAGAAGGUACUAUUUAAGGUUAACGAACCGCUGUGCAUUCCUCCACACAUUAAGGCAUGCCGGACCGCUCUCCGGAGAAUCUGGACUUCAGAGGAGCUUCUUUUCACCUUCAGAAGGUUGCAGAGACAAGGCCUCCUCGAUCCUCCAGCAGACAAUUUUGCCUCUGUAUUUGCAGCCGAUGGCACCAUUGGCAGUAGCAACAACAAAGGAAUUGACCCCCGCCGUUGGCGUGGGCUGAGCGCUGCAUUCUUACUGCGGGUUUUUGGACAUUCGAAACAGAGCGAAUCUGAGUCGUUCGAGCAUGACGCUUCUUUCCUAGAAGCAGUUUCUUCAGCUCUUGAUUGUGCAGAGGCCUCUACUGUACAGCUAGCUGCUCUGCAGGCACUUUCAGGUGCUGCUGACGCCCGGCGGCGCCUAGGCCUGAAGGCCAAGGCCCUUGCCUUAAGGCACGGGGUAGAGAGAUGUCUGGAAGCAGCACUGGCACUGCUCUCUGCUGCUGUGGACAAGGCGGAAUGUGGCGGGCAGGCAGUGGAACUAGAAGCUAUGGAAAGAAAUAUCGAGCUCACUGUGGUGACUCUCUUGAGGCUUUUGGGAGACAAAGAAAGAGCCGAGGCAGAUGGAGUAGACAUGCAGCGGCUCGCCGACCAGCUCCUGUCCCCGUUCCUGUCCUGUUGCCAUAGCAAAGAUCCAAAUAAACAGGCGGAGACUUACGUGGGUCUUAAGGCCCUGCUGUUCCUCAUGACUGCAGAUAGAGAGACAGCAAGAGACUUCAUCUUGCAAGGUUCCCUAUUACCAUAUAUUCUGUCUGCUGCAACGGGUGAAGCAGCAGCAGCAGCAGGUCUUUCGGGAACGCGGCAACAGCAUCAGCAGCAGCAGGCGGCCACUGCUUUGAUACUGCAAUGUCUUGAUUUCUUGGAGCUCCGACAGAAGCUACUGGACGACAGUGGGGUUGAUGCGAUCCUCAAGUUAUUGCGGGACGAGACACGCCCUGAGGCCCUCAGAGCGAAGUUGGGUGUCGCCCUCGCGAGAGUUUGUGUGCACAGCAAAGUCGUUAAAGAAGAGGUAUUGGAGCGGGUCAACCUUUUCAUCCUCCUAGAGGAGCUCCUGCAGCAGCUUCUACAGCGGCAGCAGCAACCGGGGAAAAACAAGAAGGGAAUGGAUGACGACCUCGCCCGAUGUGUUUUAGAGCUGUUCUUCUUCCUGAGUUUACAUGCAGAGUUCAAGUCCAAGCUUGUGGAGCUCGCAAAUUUUCCGACCGGCUCAAAGGACCUUCUACGGGCGGUGCUGGAUGUAGGUGCUCAAUUCUGCAGCAACAGUGGAAGUUUGCCUCGGUAUCUUUUAUGUGGUGGCCUGUGCAAUCUGAUGAAGUCUAGUGCCGAUAAAGACAGAUGUCGGAAGCAAAGAGGUUUGCACGGUGGCGUGGACUUAGAUGAAUCGCAGCUAGAAGAGCUGGAGGCAUUCUACGACCAGCUUCCUGCGGAGGCAAAGCCUGUUCCAAAUGGGCAAAUAGAUCUUGGGGAUGAAGCAAGCGUGUGCUCACUCCGGCAGGUGUUGCUAGAGCGGGGCGCAUGCAAGCUUCUGGUAAGGGCUUGUACGGCGAAACCCUUGCCCUCUCCCAAUGUAUUGUUAGCCGCGGGCAGCUCUUUCUUCCUCCUUGCAAAGAAUGAGAAGAACAGAGGUCUACUUGUCAAAGAAGGGGCACUAAGGGCUCUUCUAACGGCGAUUGGGGCUCUCAAGACCUACCCUGAAGAUAAGAGAGAUCUUCAGCAGGCAGCUGCUCAGCUAUGUAUAUCUGUAAACCCCGCCCUCUUUAGCUACCAUGAUGCUCUAGAUCUCGUUCCGGUUGUGUUACCACUGCUCUCGGACAGCUAUGAGCUUCUGCAGUACGAAGGGGCCCUCGCAAUCACCAACCUUACGUCUGUAAACGAAGAACUAAGGCAGAGAGCAUUCUCAGGGGACGCCUGGAGGCUCUUAGGGAACCUCCUCUUUAGCGAGAACGAUUUGCUUCGGGCUGCAGCGCUUGAAGGGUGGUGCAACUUGGCUGGCAGCAGCAAAGUGCAGGACUUUUUGGGAGGCAAGACUGCAGGUAAAGCAGAUGUACAAGACCUCAGACUACUUCUGGCUUUCUGUUUGGAGACAAACAACCCGCGGGCGCAGCAGGCAGCAGCGGGUGCCCUCGCCACCCUUCUGAAUAACUCAGAUAUUGCAAAGGCCCUCCCCAAGUACGAUAACUACCAAAACCUCCUAAAGGCAUUCGAUGAGGCCACGGAAGAACAGGGACCACUACUAGACCGCCUUGUCGUUUCCCUGUAUAAUAUAUGGGGGGAGGAGGCACAGGAGGAGGGGGAAAAGGCAGUCAAAAGUCGAAUUGAACAGGCUGUUGAAGUGCACAGGCACAAACUGAAGGGUCUUUCAGCGGAUUUAGCAGUACAAAUGAUCCCUUCAGGGCAACCGGAGGGAAGUCGUGCCCUGACGGCCUCCAUUGAGACCUGA